AUGGGUAAUCUCACCAUAAUGACAGGAUUCCUCCUCAUGGGCUUUUCCAACAUCUGGGAGCUGCAAGUCUUACAUGCCAUGCUCUUCUUGUUGAUCUACCUGAUGGCUCUGAUAGGGAACCUGCUCAUCUUCACUCUCAUCUCUCUUGAUGGGCACCUCCAUACCCCCAUGUACUUCUUCCUGAAGAAUCUAUCCUUUUUAGACCUCUGCCUUAUUUCUGUCACAAUCCCCAAAUCUAUUGUAAAUUCAUUGAGCCGCAGCUGUUCCAUCUCUUAUUUAGGGUGUGUAUUGCAACUCUUUUUAGUGAUUUUAUUUGCAGGAUCAGAGAUUUCACUCCUAACAGUAAUGUCUUAUGACCGCUAUGUAGCUAUCUGUCAGCCCUUGUACUAUGAAACCAUCAUGAUCAAAGGGUCUUGUGUGAGGAUGGCAGUUGCUUCCUGGUUCAGUGGAGGAGUGGUUGGGGCCAUGUACUCAGCUAGUACAUUUUCUUUGCCUUUCUGUGGCUCUAAGAUGAUCCAUCAGUUUUUCUGUGAUGUCCCUUCUUUACUCAGAAUUUCCUGCUCUGAAAACCACAUUGUAGUUUAUGUGAGUAUUGCUAUUGGGUUGGGUUUGGGGAUCUUCUGCUGUAUUUCUAUUAUAAUCUCUUAUGGUCAUAUAUUCGCAACAGUGCUGAAGAUUCCAGCAAAAGAAGGUCGGUCAAAAGCCUUCUCCACUAGCCUGCCUCAUCUCAUUGUUUUCAUUGUUUUUAUCAUAACUGGAGCCAUGGCUUAUUUAAAGCCACCUUUGGACACUGACUCAGUUCUGGAUCUAUUGUUAUCUAUGUUUUAUACAGUGGUGCCCCCAACCCUCAACCCAGUGAUCUACAGCCUGAGGAAUAAGGAAAUGAAGAGUUCUUUGAGAAAGCUUAUAACCUGGAAAUAUUCAUCUGAGGAAUUAAUGAAAAAGUCUUUUUCAUGA